UCGCCCUCAAAUUCUCAUUAUUGUGUGUUUUCAUUGAAGAUCAAGAUGAUGAAAAACACAGGAAAAAUUCCUCUGGUUGGGAUGUGUAUUAUAUUUGCCAUCCUACUCAAUUCCCUUGAAGGUCGCCCAUCAAACUAUAUGCAUGAUGUCAAUAGUGUGCAAGACAUUUCAAUACAAUCCCCGGCCACAGGAGGUGAUAUAUCUGCUGAGCCUAUACCACCAGGAGGUGGUAUUUCUGCUCUAUCCGAACCAGUAGGAGGUGAUAUUUCUGCUGAAUCUGAACCAGUAGGAGGUGAUAUUUCUGCUCUAUCUGAACCAGUAGGAGGUGAUAUGUCUGCUGAAUCUGCACCACCAGGAGGUGAUAUUUCUGCUCUAUCUGAACCAGUGGGAGGUGAUAUUUCUGCUGAAUCUGAACCACCACCACUUCCACAAGUUAGUGGACUGAUUUUUCCUGUGCCAUGCGUAGUGACUCAGUUUAUUCGGCUCUCUUGCACAAAUUCGACUAAUGCCAACACACAGAUAACUGAAUUCUGUACCUGCACAGUAGCAUAGUUCCUAUAUAUACGGAUGGAAGUUUUAGAGAUCAUAUGCAAUCCAUAAUAAUACUAAAUAAAUGGUCUUCUUAUCAAAUAAUGGAAUGAAUUUGCUCUGAUAUUAUGUAACCUUCUUGUUCUACAGCAACAAUAUAAUAUAGCAGUUGCCAUUAUUGUUUAAA